CAAAUGCCCCCACCUCUUUAAACGAACCACACAACACAAAUAACUGAAGAAGGAAUUCUAUGGUGAGAGAUGGAGAAACAUUGCGCAGAAGAAAGUAUCAGCAAUGGGACGGAGUGAAAAUUAAGCACUGCAUGCGUCUACUGUACAGCGGAAUGGAAUGCGAUUUCUUUGAUUUCAGGGUUUCUUCUGCCGUCACAGAUUCGUACUCUCUUGCUGAAAGGAUCUUAUACUUGAGAAUAUGUCUGACGUGGAAACAAAUUUGGAUUUAAUACAAUGGCUCGGAGAUGACAUGUCAUUUAAAGUUUUCUCCUAUUUGGAUAAUCCUCGUGAUCUUGUUCGUGCAUCUGCUGUUUCAAGUUCUUGGAAUGAUUUUGUUAUUGAAAAUGGCCUCUGCAAGCAACUUUGCUUGAAACUGAUUCCUGAAAUAUCUGGUGUUGUUCGUAGCAUUGAGGUUGACUACUUGUUUAAAGUUGAUGGCAACAACCCGGGGUAUUAUUAUGCAGAAAAACGGGAGCUUCUUAAUAGAAAUCAUAGAGUCUAUGCGGUCCUAGCUUUUGGUCUCAUUCCCAUGAAUAACUGCAUCUCACAAGCCAUAUGUGCAUCCAGCACGAAUGAUCACUUAAGAGAAAGCUAUACAAAUACAUUGGAGCCUAGGGAUAUUACUGAACAUGGCGCAUCAUAUUGGUCAAGUAUAGGGCAAACCGAUCCUUCUGUUACUGAGACUUUGCUUUAUCGGCUAUAUUCCAGGAUGUGUCUUGUCACAGAUAUUCAUGUCCAACCAUUCCAAGGUCUUAUUAAUGGCAGCUCCCCUAUAUAUUCAGCUAAAGCUAUCCGAUUUAGAUUGGGAUGGGAUAAUGACCCAAUGGAAAUAGAUUCAAAGUUUGGUUUACGUGAUAAAACGGCUUUUAGUGGCAUAUGGACGUAUACUUCGCCUAUAUUUCCAAUGUCUCAGGAAAACAAGCUACAGCAUUUCAAGCUACCUGAACCUGUUUUGUGCUUUGGAGGUUUUCUGCAAGUGGAGCUGUUGGGAAGUGUUCAAAAACAUGAAGAGGAUGAUUUAUUCUACAUAUGCAUCUCCCAUGUUAAAGUUGUUGGACGAGUACUUUCUCAAAACUUUAUUGUGAGGAUGAGGAUGUUUCCACCACAUGGAGCCUGUAGCGUCCAAUAUUUCCCUCAUGCGCACACAAGGUGGUGUGGGUGUGGGUAUGUGAGCAACUCUUAAGUUGAUGGUUAAUUCCAGUGUAAGAAAUUUAUGGAUGAACUAAAUUGUUUUUACAAUGGCACCUUCAAAGGAUUAUUAUUUUUAGCACAUUAUGUUAAAUGCCAAUAGUGAUUUGGUAUUAUUGUAGCAUCGUUUACAAUUUGAAUUUAUAUAAAUAAAAUUUCAGACUUGAUGACA